AUGGGCCCAAACUCACUAAUAUAUACGUUCCCCUUGCUCUCUAGAAGUGGAGUCUUGGAAAGAAGGAUUGCAGAGGCAGCUAAAGAAGGGGAUGAUGAUAAAUGUCACAUUCAGAUUUCCGAUUUUCCUGGUGGAGACAAAACGUUCGAGCUAGUCGUCAAGUUCUGCUACGGCGUGAAGCUAGAACUCACUGCCUCCAACGUUGUAUACCUCAGAUGCGCUGCUAAGCAUCUCGAAAUGACAGAGGAGUAUGGCGAAGGAAAUCUAAUUUCUCAAACCGGAAAGUUUUUCAAUCAAGUCAUCUUCAAAAGCUGGAAAUAUUCUAUUAAAGCGCUUCAAUGCUGCGAUGAGGUCCUCAAGUACGCUGAUGAAUACAACAUUACCAAGAAAUGCAUUGAAUCACUAUCCAUGAGAGCAUUGGCAGAUCCAAACUUGUCUGUGGAGCAUGGUGGGCCGCCCAUGCAGAGUCCACGUGGCAGCGUUUUAUGGAACGGAAUAAGCACAGGGGCUAAACCUAAACACACUAGUUUAGAUUGGUGGUACGAGGAUGCGUCCACGCUUAGUUUUGCUCUUUUUAAGAGACUUAUCACACUCAUGGAUUCCCGAGGAAUAAGAGAAGACAUCCUCGCAGGUUCCCUAACCUAUUACACAAGAAAAUACUUGCCUGUCUUAAAACGGAGACACAGUGGUAGUUCCAGCAAACCUUUGACCUCGGGGAGUGAUCAUGUACUGUCUGAAGAAGAGCAGAAACACUUGCUUGAAGAGAUCCAGGAGCUUGAUCUUCCAUGUAUGCAAAAAGGUUUAUUUCCGACCAAGUUUUACGUAGACAUGCUUAUAAUCGCCAAGAUACUGAAAGCUAGUCCGAACUGCAUAGAGAAGUUGGAGAAGCGGAUAGGGAUGCAGCUUGACCAGGCGGCGUUGGAAGAUCUUGUAAUGCCUAGCUUUUCUCAGACUAUGGAGACUCUAUAUGACGUUGACUCUGUGCAAAGGAUCCUGGACCAGUUUCUUAGUAAGGAUCAGACUAUGCCCUCCUCGUCUUCUUCAGUAGAAGCCGGGAAUUUAAACGGAUCCACACAGUCAAUGACAGCUGUUGCGAAGCUGGUCGAUGGGUAUCUUGCUGAAGUGGCUCCUGAUGUCAAUCUCAAGCUUCAAAAGUUCCAAGAUUUAGCUGCUUCUGUUCCUGAAUACGCCAGACUUUUAGAUGAUGGACUCUAUCGUGCAAUAGACAUUUACCUAAAGCAUCAUCCGUGGUUAGUGGAAACAGAAAGAGAGGAUCUUUGUAGGUUGUUUGAUUGCCAAAAGCUGUCUUCUGAAGCUUGCACACACGCAGCACAGAACGAGAGAUUACCUCUAAGAAUAAUAGUCCAAGUGCUCUUCAUUGAGCAAAUUCAGCUCAAGGCCUCCCUAGCUGGAUGCUUCCCUGUUUCAGGAGAAUCAACCAAAGGAGGAUGGGAAACCGCAGUAAGAGAGAAUCAAGACCUGAGAGUUGGAAUGGACAGAAUGAGGAUGCGGGUUUGCGAGUUAGAGAAAGAAUGUUCAAAUAUGAGACUGGAGAUUGAGAAAAUCGAUAAGACAGCAAAGGAUGGUAGUGGUUCUGUAAGCGGCAGGAAAACGUGGGAAAACGUUUCUAAGAAACUGGGGUUCGGUGUGAAGCUGAAGUCGCUUCAAAUGGGCAGUGCUCAAAAAGGAUCGGAUUGA